AUGAAAAAAACCCUCACUCACCUUGCGGUUGCUGCGCUCAUUCUGCCUGCUACUAGCAGCCGAUCUCAAAGUUCGACGACAGCUUUGCUCGAUGGUCCAGCCACCGCUAGCGACAGUGAUCCUUCCAACAGCGCGAAGUCGCUACGACUGGCUGCUCCGACGGUUGAGGAAGACAGGACUUGGUUCGAGCCAGAUUUGUUAUGGUUCAAGACAAAGCUGUGGAGUGCACUUGGAAAAAGCGAUGAAGAGAUCAGGGAGAUGCUGGGGAUGAAGGGGCUGACAGAAACCGGUCUCACGACUCAUAAGAACUACAAACUGUAUAAAAAAAUUCGUGAUUCGCGAUUGUUGGACGGUUGGAGUUCUAAAGGGCGUAUGGCACACGACGUAUGGGAGGAGCUCCAGCUACACAAAGUCUCACCGGAACUUCUGGAACACUCGGAAGAUUUCAAGCUGUACAAGCAGUAUUUAAUGAUCGAGGAUGACAGCAUCUGGAAGAGGAUGGACGACGAUGGAGUAAAGAAGUGGGAUGAGAGGGAGGGGAAAGAAGAGUUGAACGCGAAGGUGGAGAUCUGGAAGUUGGCAAAGAGAAAGCCGUGGUAUGUCCAGAGCAGGUUGAAUCUACAUCAAAAUAGACGUGAGUGCAUGGGCCAACCAAAUUUCGAUUUCUAUCGACGAUACCUGGACGAAACUCACCAUUUCUUGAGCACAUAUUACAACAACCUCGAGACUCAAUUACGCGAAGCCAAGGAGGCCAAUGAGAAGCGUAUCGCUGCUUUGACGCAGCGGAAACGUCAAACGCUCAGGACGUGGCCAGCACAAAGUGCUUCGGGCACUUUGUCUUUGACCAAGCAAAAACAAAAGCGAGACUUCUAUGGGCUCCCGUGA